AUGUUGGUGCUCCCAAACCGCUACACAGACCCAAAGAAGUACACCAAUGAUCUAUGCGAAUUCAUCUCAACACCACUCAUCCAACAGAUUACUGGAGGCAUUCAUGUGAAUGAUUCUCUUAUCUAUGAGGCCUGGGAGAGCUUGCCCCAAGAUUGGACAAGAUACUGGUCGUCUUGGACCGAUCAUCGCCAUUUGCAACAGGACCUGCUUGAUAGCAUCGAGGACAGAGCGGAGUUUAUGACGACCGAGUCCGACGAAGGUCAUGGCGAGCUUUUGCAUAGCCGACCAGAGGCUUUGGUCAGUUGGCUGCAGAAGCUGAACUCGCUUGCGCUCCCUCGCGGUGAACGCGAAGGGCCGUCGGCUGAGCUUCCAGAUGCUCUGACACGCCGCAUGAAGACAAAGAAAGUUGCCGAGAUCUCGAAAGCGGCUGCAUAUGUGCAUGAUAUCUGUCAGCGAAAAGGAAUUACUCGGGUGGUUGAUAUGGGAUCCGGUCAAGGCUAUCUCUCCGUCAGCCUUGCAUAUCUAUUCCCACAGUUGAAAAUCCUGGCCAUCGAUGGCAGUGACUCGCAAAUUGUUGGUUCACAGGAAUUCGCCACUUCAAUAGGGAUACCAGAGAGCAGAUUGGUGCAUUUAGUACAUUGGAUCGACGGAUCUUCGAAUCUUGCGCAAAGGAUCGAAGAUUGGGCAGACGGACAAAAGUGCAUGUUGGUUGGUCUUCACGCUUGCGGAAACCUGUCGGAUCACAUGCUGAGAUAUUUUACAUCAAUGUCCUGCAUUGAGACAUUGGGGGUCAUUGGAUGCUGCUACAACCAUAUUAUCCCUCGCUCCCCCAGUUAUCCUGAAGGGUUUCCCACCAGCUCGACUUUGAGAAAGCACAACCUCACCCUAAGUGCCACGGCACUGAUGACGGCUUGCCAAGCCCCAAGCAAUUGGGAAAGGCCAGACGUCCAACUGGCAACCAAAGGCAACAGCAUAUUCAGUAGGCGGAGGCUAUAUCGAGCAAUCCUAGAAAAGGCUCUGUUCGAUAAAGGAAUCAAAGUCGCUGCUGAACAACGACCCGCCUGGGGUAUUCGCAAAAGCGACAUGACUGACUUCACCCACUUCGCACACAGGGCCAUGGACUGUUUAGGCAUCAGCCGCGCAGAGAUUACGACCGAGGAUCUAAAGAAAUAUGAAGAGAAAUACCGAAACUACGAAGGGAGGAUCGCGAUCUUGUGGACACUUAGUGUUCUUUGCUGUAAGGUUGUGGAGAGCGUGAUUGCUCUGGACCGGUACUGGUAUCUCGAGGAACAGGGGCUAGAACAAGUGGAAGUUUUCCCCAUCUUUGACGCUAAAGUCUCACCCAGGAAUUUGAUAGUUGUGGCGCAAAAGAAUAAGGCUAGAUCAUAG